AUUUGUUACAAACGGAGUAUCUAUGUUUAAUUGAUUGGCUCACUUUCAGAAACUAAAUAAUAAAUCUGAAUAAAAGUGCUAGAACCUUCAGAAGAGAUUUGAAUCAACUUCAUAAUUCUAAGAGAUAUAUUUUUAAACAAAACUCAUCCUUGAUUACUUAACCACAAUCAUUUUAUAGAAAGAUGGCAAUGAAGCCAAUCAGCUGAAACCUCGGGAACCUUGAGUAUAACCUGAACGAAGACUUUAAACCAACUGCUAUAACUAGCUGUAAGGCAAAAUAAGUCUAUAAAAGGCCCGCUCCCUCUCUUCAGAACAGACUCAAAGGGGCAAAAGAAUGCCAAGAAACCUAAGCUAGAAGGUGCUAAAUCCAAAAGAGAGUUAAACCAGAAAGCUCUCAGACUUAUUUCGAAUAGACCAUCUUCUACUAAGAAGAUUAACAACAUUAAGAUGACGAAAUUUGAAGGGAAUAAGAACCAUAUCGACAGAUUUUUUCGUGAUAAUAUAAAUCAGGCAAAUUUAUCAAAAUCAAAGCUAAGGACUAGCUAUACUAGUUCUAGUAAGAAGAAAUACAAGUGUGUGAAUAGAGCUCUGACCAAGGCAGAGUCUCAGCCGUAUUUAUAACCAAGAAAGGUAUUUUUAAAGCCGAUUGCAAAAUCCAGGACAUGGUUGGCCCAGGAAGUAAUGAGAGAUGUGAUAAGAGCAAGAUUCCGAAGAACUUGGUUAAUAAGUUAGUGGGAGUUUUGAAGGAUUCUGAGAAAUGAGUGAAGAAGAAUAGAAAAAGCUCAUCCAUUGAAAACCAACAAAUGAAACAUGGGUUUAAUGAGAGAUAUCGAUAUGAACUAGGUAAUUCUAGAACUCCAACCGCAGGUGUAAAGGCCUUUUCUUCAUUAAAGAGACCAAGCCAGAAGAAAGAAAAUAUCGAGAAGAACAGUAGCAUGAUUUGAAUUCAUUCAUCCUAUACUAAUCUCAACAAAGUGAAUAUGGUAAAUGUUGAUCCUGGACAAAACCAUUGGGUGAACUUUUACUCUUUAACCAAAAAGUCAGCUGAAUUAUGUAAGACAAACGAUAGGCUGAAUCAAGAACUAAAUGCACUUGGAGAUAAAAUGAAAAGACUCCUGACAUAUUGCAGAGUAAAGGAUCAAAAUAGGAGGAAUUUCCUGACCCAGCACAACUAGUAAUGCCCACUUAUUCAGCAAGCUUAUUUUCGUUUAUAUUUUUUA